AUGCGAGCUGUCGCUCCUGCUGGUAUUAAUGCAUUUUUUACAAAUCUAAAAGACAUGUGGCUGGAGCGUGCUUCCAAUUUAAAUGGAAACCAAAAUUAUCAGAAUAAUUCUUCAGCUGAGAUUGAAAAGUUAAAUUCCCAAAUAGCUUCUCUACAGGCCCAACUAGCACAACCGGCUCAAGUACACCUCCAGAAUAAUGAAGCCUCCGCUAUUUUUGAAAAGUUAAAUUCCAAAAUAGCUUCUUUGGAAGCACAGUUAGCGGAAUCAAUGCAGGUGCAUUCUAAACUUGCCCAACGCUUACAACUACCUGAAAAUGUAAUUAAUUCGAAUAAUGCUUCAAUCCUUGAUAGUCAUAUUAACCAAGAAUUGGAAAAAAGAUUAGGAGUAAUCGAAAUUAAUUUAGCCAAACUCACCAAACUCAUAAGAGAAGAUACCAAAUCAGCUCAGUAUCAGUAUUCAGAAUCCUCAGACUAUAAUAAUGGAGGAUUGGAAAAAAGAUUAGAACGAAUUGAAGCCCACUUAGCCAAAUUUGAUAGAAAUAAUACCAGAGGUGCCAAAACAUCUCAGCAUUCCAAAUCCAGAAGUAGUCGAGUUCAUAUGGCUACAGUAGAUGAACAGUCUGAUCCCAUUUUUUCUGAUGAUGAUACAUCAAAAUCUGAGGACAAUGAUUAUAACUCUGAUAAUUCGUCAGCCGAACCCGCUGGGCAACGUGGAUAUCCCGAUAAAUCCUCAAAGUCUAAAGUCUCUAGUAAAUCUGAGCUUUGUAAGGUAAAGCAAGACAAUAAUUUGUCUUCCACCCAUAAUGCUUCAUCAGAUAAAGAUAGUCAUGGUAAGCAUGUGUCUUUAGAAGAAACUAUUCGAAAAAUCAUUCAGAUCGAAUUUGAGAAUUAUCUUCUGUACAUAAUUCAGCAGGCUAAAAAGUGUGUACCUGCCUCAGCUCAAGAUUCAGAUGAAGAGGAUAUUUUGGAUGGACCUAUGGAGAUAAAUUUUAUUCGGAAAAAAGAACCCGCCACAGAUGUUGUCACCGUUAAAUGUAAAAUUAAGCGUCUAGUGAUUCUGGCAGGUACAGUUGAUCCUGGUGCUAAUUUUCCGAUCAUGUCUGAAGAUAUAUCUGAACAAUCAAAGCUGAAAAUCGAUACAAAAGAAAAACAUGACCUUAGAGGCAUCGCUACCAUUCCUAUAGAAUCUCUUGGUACUGUCCGAAAUGUCCCAGUAAAUUUUGCUCCCGGAUGUACUAUAUAUGCUGAUUUUGCUGUAAUUAAGUAUCCUAAGCCGAUGCUAAUUUUACCCAACACACUUCUUGAUAAAUAUAAUUAUGAUUUACUUGCAUCAAAGCGGGAAUUGAGACUAGAGUGUAAUGGUAAGGAAUUUUUUAUCCCAAUUAAUAUGCAUAAGGUUAAGAACAAGCUCGAGGUGAAUUGCGCGAACAUUACUCCUGAAUGUGACGAUUCCAUGAUCCCGGACUGCAUUUCACAGGACUUAAGUGAGGAUGGCGCAUUAAAAAAAAAGUGA